UUGCCGCUUGCAUUCGUUCAGCGGCCGCGUAUCCGAACGCACUACGCGGGAAAACUUAUUCGAAUUUCGAAUAUUUAGCGUCGCGCUGAAUUUAAAAGUAUUCCGUGGUGUGAUUGGUUGGUGUUGUGUUUUUUUUUUGUUUUCGAUUAGUACGAAAAUGACCAUCUACAGCAAGAUUGUCCAAAUUAUAUUGGUUUGUGUGUAAUUUAGAUUGGAUUAUUUAUUGGAUUCACAUUAAAUCAAUGAAUCAUGGCCGAAUCGAUGGAAUCCGGAACCUCGCUAGCAUGGCGGCUGCUCGCUACGCUAGAAGGAGGUUCACUAGUGCUAGUCGCGUCUGCACUUAUUGCGUAUAGUGCCCGGCAGAGGGCGCGAGAGCGGCGCCUAGUUCAUAGUGUUCUAGUAUCAAACACAACAAGCACCUUAGGAAAAGAAAUAAAAACGCGGUUAGAAUCGCGUGGGUGCGUCGUGAGCGUGCCAAGUGACACGAGCGGAGCGGGCGCGGAGGCGGAGGCGGGGAAAGUCGACGCGCUAGUGGUGGUCGGUCAAGACGCUAAUGUUGAAAGCUUGGACGGCUUAGCGGAUCUCGUAUCGAGGGAUGUUUAUGAUAAUUUAAAGGUAUUAGAAUCACUAUCGCGACGCGUGCACCGCGGCGGCUGCGUGGCGUGGGCGUGCGCGGGGGCGAGUGGCGUCAGCGGCGCCGGCGACGCCUUCGACACUGUGCUGCGGGCCAGCCUGCAGCAUGUCGCUGAUAGGCACGCCUGCUGUCCAGUAUGGGUGGGCCGACACCCAACAUCGCUAGCAGCGGAACGCGUGGUCGCCGCGCUCGUGCCUUGUACCACAUAUUCGUCCCCUUUCUCCGUGAGGUAGCGAUCACUUUGCAGAACUGGAAAUGCAGCGCACAAAAUCGGCGAGUUCCUCGGCAGAUGGCUCAAAAACUUAGCUUAAAUUAGCAUUUACCUCAAUUAACAUUAACACGUUGCGGCAAUAACAUGAACUCAUCAAGUCAUCAUUGUCAAAUAUAAUAAGCUAGUUUCUUAAACUUAAAAAAAAUAUUUUGUGAAGUGUACGAAAUAAAGCACCACAUAAUUAGAAGAAAAUUAUGGACAGUAGUUAUGUUUAAAGUAGUUUAAACAUAAUUUCUAUUUAAUAAGUCAAAGAGAAAGAUAUUAUAAAGUGAAUUAACCGUGACGUCACUCCUCAGUAUUUCCCACGUACAGAUGUAGAAAAGGGUUUCCUACGGAAACGUUCGUAUUUGUCAUGCUAGUUCAGUCAAUGUCAGUACAUCUUGUACUGACACUGACUGAAAUGCAUGACACGUUCGUACGUUUCCGUAACAAUACGAAGGCAAAUCUUUUCGCACUACAUCUGUAUUUCAUAGUAAUUCCAUUUUAGCAAAUCGUUUUGACAGUCCUUAAAAAGAAGCUGAUUUGACUAAUAGGAAACUAGCCUAUUAUGAACCCCGUACCGCAGAGACCGU